UUCAGAAACAUCUAGUUUGCAAUCAACAUUACCCCACAGUGAUAAUGGUAUAGAGCUAUAGAUAUGAAACAAAAAAUAGACCCCAUUAUUUAUAUAUGUACCGCUAGCUUGUUAUAUAUUGCAUUUGUGUAAUAUCAUUUGAAUUAAAACCUUUCAGCUUAUGUCGAACCCAAAUUAAGCUUUGACACUCUUCACCUUCCAAUUCAUUCACAACCCUGCAUAAAUGUUUGUUUCCUCUGCAUUUCUUUUUUGGUUUUCUACAGCACUAGUAUUAUAGUUAUUGUCGUGUAUUUUAAAAUGGUAAACAAAUUCUGUAUGUGAUUAUAUAUGGGUGAGGUUGUAGCAGCAAGGCUUUUCACCCCGUUCCAGCGCCCAUUAUUUCUCCGUGGAGGAGGCCUAGGUGCACAUGGCAAAGAAGAAAGGAAGGGUCACCUGAAGAAGCAAGAGAAUUGUAGUCAAAACCAUGCAAAGGCACUAUUAAAAUCAUGGCAGCCAAACAAUCAAAAGCCUUCAACGUACUCUUCCAGAUUCACUACAGAUCUUCCUCUCUCUGAGUCUCCUGGGGCUUCAUUUGAUCAGUACUUGGAGCAUAAGCCAAGAGUUAUCAAAGCAAUCUUUGCAGGUGGAGAGAAAAUCCAACAAGUUAAUGAGGAUGAGUGGAGAAUUCAGAUGCCACCCUUACAAAUCUUGUUCCUAACAGUGUGGCCAAUAAUGGACAUGCGUUUGACAUGCAAAUCAAAUGGGAAGGAAUACCCACCAGAAGUUCCUUGUGAGAUCACAAAGGUUCUUGAGCUUGAAACAACAAGAUGGAAGCUUCUAGGGAUCGAUAAUGCUCUUGAAUCAUCUGGCUUCAAUGUCAGUGUUAAAGGAGCCUUAUACCUAGAUAGACGAGGAACACAAAGCAGGAUUAAAAAUCAAUUCGCGUUGAAUUUAAGCUUUAUUCUUCCACCUACACUUUUGGUUCAUGAAGAUGUUAGUCGAGCCAUUGCAGUGUCGGUGAUUCAGAGAUUGGUGGAUGACAUGAAGCAAAAAGCUAAUAGUGGAGUGCUUGCAGAUUAUAGUAAAUUCAAAAGGGAGAAGCCCAAGAAUCUGGUUUAAGCCUUGUCAUUACUUGAAUAUAUGGGGUCAGAAGGCCUAAAGAAUUAACCUCUGCACCUCAUGGCAGUCUAGCAUUUUAAGAGUCAUUCUUAGAAUUAGUUAAACCAUGCUGAGCUUGAAUAUAUUUGGUAAAGGACUAUGUACUAUGUAUGUUGUUGCUUGAAAAUUGAAACCACUACAAAUAUGAAUAAAAUAGUAUCACUUGCCGACAA